AGCUCACCCGGGGCUCCCGCUCACCGCCCCGUGCACCGAAACGGCCUCCCGCACACAGGAACGUUAGCCCCCGCCGGUUGCUCUCAGUCCCCAGCUCGAGGCGUCGGACAUGCUGAAGCCGGGGGAUCCCGGCGGCUCGGCCUUCCUCAAAGUGGACCCAGCUUACCUGCAGCACUGGCAGCAACUCUUCCCGCACGGAGGCGGCGGCGGCGGCCCGCUCAAAGCCAGUGGCGCCGCGCUCGCCCUGGGCGCCCCACAGCCCCUGCAGCCACCGCCACCGCCGCCGCCUCCUCCUCCCGAGCGCGCCGAGCCUCCUCCAGACGGCCUGCGGCCGCGGCCUGCCUCGCUCUCGUCCACCCCGGCUCCUUCCUCCACCUCUGCCUCUUCUGCCUCUUCCUGCGCCGCAGCCGCGGCCGCCGCUGCGCUGGCGGGUCUCUCGGCCCUGCCGGUGGCACAGAUGCCGGUGUUCGCUCCUCUAGCUGCUGCUGCUGUGGCCGCGGAGCCACUGCCCCCAAAGGACCUGUGCCUCGGCGCCUCCGCCGGCCCCGGGCCGGCCAAGUGCGGCGGCGGCGGUGGCAGCGUGGGGGACGGCCGUGGCGUCCCACGUUUCCGCUGCAGCGCGGAGGAGCUGGACUAUUACCUGUACGGGCAGCAGCGCAUGGAAAUCAUCCCGCUCAACCAGCACACCAGCGACCCCAACAACCGUUGCGAUAUGUGCGCGGACAACCGUAACGGGGAGUGCCCCAUGCACGGGCCACUGCACUCGCUGCGCCGGCUCGUGGGCACCAGCAGCGCGGCCGCCGCUGCACCCCCGCCGGAGCUGCCCGAGUGGCUUCGGGAUCUGCCGCGGGAGGUGUGCCUGUGUACCAGCACGGUGCCAGGCCUGGCGUAUGGCAUCUGUGCCGCGCAGAGGAUCCAGCAGGGCACCUGGAUUGGGCCCUUCCAGGGCGUGCUUCUGUCCCCGGAGAAAGUGCAGACCGGCGUAGUGAGGAACACGCAGCAUCUCUGGGAGGUUAGUAACCACAGCAGAGAAACUAACGGGAGAGACGGAAUUCAAAGACCGCAACAACCGACUGCAAAAGUCAGAAGGACCGCUGGGUAAGAUUGUCCUUAGGAGCUGACCUGAGGGCCCGAGAGACAGCUCAGCAGGCAGGGGCUCUUACCUUGCAAGCCUGGUGACUUGUGUCCAGUCCCUGGGACCCAUGGAAAGACGGGGAAGAGAGAAGCAACUCCACGAAUCUGUCCGCCGAUCCCUACAGAUGUUAAUCUUAUCCAGACUGUUUGCCAGAGUUCGCAGGCCUUCCAGAGCAUUUGACUAUUGUGAUGCCUUGGGCGUGGGAUGUAGGCACCUCGUUUGAUGGUCCAGGAGUAGCCAGGCAAUAAGUCCUGGUGGAACAGUGCUCUGAAGCGAAGCAGGCAUUGCUGUACGACAGAUAGCAUUUGUGCUGUAAGCUAUUCUGUAGGUUUUAUUGUUCCCUUCUUUCUCUUCCCCUCUCUGUCUUUUCUUUCCUCUUUACUUUGCUUUUCUCUUUUCUUUCUUUCCAAUGGUGGGGCCAUGCAGUUAGUUGUAAAGUCUUUAGCUGGCACAGAAAGGAACUGCUUAGGUUUUGCCACACCACCUACCUCUUGGUAGAUUCAAGAUCCAGGUGUCUCUCCCUUUGUCUAGUCAGUGGUUUUCAACCUGAGGGUUGCGACCCUAAAAGAACAUUAAAAUCCAGAUAUUUACAAUUUGUAAUAGUAGCAAAAUUAAAGUUAUGAAGUAACAACAAAAAUAAUUUUAUGGUUGCAGGGGAGGGGGCUGGUCACCACGAUAUGAGGAACUGUAUUAAAGGGUCACAGCUUUAGGGAGGUUGAGAACCAGUGAUCAAGUCCUUCAGGAAACAGCAGUGAGCUGUGCGAAAAGAGGGAGAAAAGAAACGCACAAAAGCUCAGAAGGAUUCCACGAAUGUAGGAGCUCAGGGUCGGAUGAUGGACGUUCAGGCUCCACUUCUGGAGAGAAGACCUGGGCUGAGGAUUGGCUGUUUCUGAAAGAGUGAAGAGGGAACUCGAGGGAGAGGUGGUGACAUUGAGUAUUUGAUCUCAGGUGCCCAUCAAGGCAAGGUUUGGUUUCUUUUCCAGGGACUGCCUUGGUCUUCAGCAACAUCAUCGUACACUACUGUGCUAUAGUGACCAGAAGCUUCUGUGGUGAUGCCUGACCCUUCCCCCUCUUGGAAUUAAUGGAAUGCAUCAGUUCAUGGGCUAGAGAUUAGAGCCCAGGGUUGGGACUACUAGGAAAGCUGUCUUUUUGGGUGGCCUCACAAGGCAAGCUUCAAGACUCCAAGCUGAUACUUCUGAACUUUCUUCUCUGAUAAUCUAUAAUUUUCUGUUUUUAGAACUACAGUGUCAGCAGUGUCAGAGAGACCCAUCUCAGAAGAUUCAUCCCUUUAAAACUACCAAUGAUAGCUCUUGUUUGCAAAUUAAGCAACAGAAAGGAAUUUGAGCAGGCAAGCUAAAGAGGAGAUAGUGUAAAUUUAAAUAUAUCCCUGGUUCAAAUACAUCCAUGGCUAUGCUACUAAACCAAACCAAGCCAGUUUUAAAUGUGGUUAAAAAGUUGUAUUUUAAUCUAUAUCUCAGCAUAUUCUCAUGUAAAAGAUUUGAAUUUUAAAAUGUAACUCCCCACUGUUCACUCUGUCCUUCAAUGUCUGCUAGCCCAUAGACAUUUGUAGAGUUAUCUUGGUCCACUUCUGAGUAUUCUUUUAUUUUAUGGCGAGUGUGUGUUUAUUUAUCCUCAAUUGACUUUGUCUCGAAAAGAUCUUGAGUAUAUCUUAUAAAGUUGAAGUUUAGAGAUGGAUAAACAUUUUGAGAAGAUGUAAGUGGGAAAAACAUUUUAAAGAGAAACAAAUGUGUAUAAUUUAAAAAAAUAUUCUAUGCGGGAAAGUGUUGCAUCUGAAGUGUGCUGUUUUGACAUGGUGACCUAUCAUGGUCCGCUUCCAGGUUGUCUGCUGCCUGUUUGUACAAUGGAACCGGAGUGACCAUAAUGGGAAGUUUUACCCCAACCUGGGGACCUCAGUUGGCCCCAGUCUCUACCCAUGGGACAGAACUGACUAGUAGACAAUGCUUAGUUUCUCUUCUAAAUUAAGGAUAUAUUUUCUUCCCCUUAAGCAGGUGGUUAAUGAUCACUGUCCAUAGUUGAGAAAAUACAUAAAAGAAAUUUAAAUUUGCAGGGCUUACUACCUGGGGGAAAAAACUCUCUAAACCUCCAGAGAAAAAGUUUUAUUAUUUUUUCCUAAACAUUUUAGGUAUGUAUUUCUAUUAUGUUAAAAAUAGACUUUCCUAAAAAUUAUUAUCUAUACUUAUCCUGGUAUAAUUACUAUUUUUGUAAUAAUUAUUAUUUUAUUAUCCACUGAAUAGAUAAGUCAGAAUUUGCUUAAUUGUUUCCUUAUUGCUAGACAUUUACAACUAGGCUAGUAACUAAUAUUUUUAUGACUAGUGAGGGAUUUUACACAUGUUUGGUUUUAUGGAAUUGUGAUUCAAACUGCACUCUUAUGGCUCAUUUCUCUUAUGGGGUUAUUCAAAGUGAUUAGUAUAUACAGAUAGGUGUUUAUUAAAUAUGGGUCACGUUUUUCUUACAAAACUCUAACAUUCUUUAAUUUUUUUUUCAAGAGUGGGUUUUGAAAAGCUGCCUUAAGGGCCCUUCCUUCUGUUUUUCAUGCUAAAAAUUGUAUGUGCUGGGGGUGAGGCUCUGAGAAAAAGGCCUGGGGUCUCACACAGGCCAAGUGUGCAUUCCACUGCUGAGCUACCUUCCAGCCCUGAAGGCUGAAGUUAUUGGAUUCACCGAGUGUCGGUUCUGAUGUCCGUGAAGACCUAGCCCCCUUCUCUUCAGUUUCUAAGAAAUUUCAAACAGACCCCAAAGGAUGUAACGAUGGCCACAGCGUGCAUGCGGAGGUCAGAGGAGAGGUUGGGAAGGUGGUUCUUUUAUUCCACCAUGGGUUCCAGGGACUGAACUCAGGACAUCAAUCAGGCCUUCCAGCCUUCACCCACAAAGCCACCUCACCGUCCAUUAUCGUUGGUACAUCAGGCCACAUGCUAGGAUUGCUCAUAAGUGUCCCAGUGACCUUCCUUGUUGAAAUAUCUUAAUGUAAAUCACAGACACCACAAAGCCUCACCUACAGGCAUCCCAGAGCUUAUCUCUGAAAGAUAUGGAUUCAAAAAUUACAAAUAAAAUCCCCCACAUAAUCGCCUGAAAAUAUGAACAACCAGUUUCAAUUUAAUAUCCAAUUUCAAUGUGCCCUCACAUGCUUUUCAUAGUUGGUUUGUUUAUCUUUUGCAUCUUUGUUAAUGUGGGACAGCUCUUGCUUCUCACCUCUAAGCUACUGAACCUGCGUCACCAGGGAUGCGGUUGGAAGAUGUACAGUUUGGAAAGCUCAGCAGGGGAUUCCGACGAACAAAAGAGCACGGGCAUGGGAAUUCCCAUAUAGAGGAACAGAUUUUGUGAUGUCUUGUGUAUCUGUAAUCCUAGGACUCAAGAGAUGGAGGCAAUAAGGAUUCCGAGAUUCAGGCCAGCCUGUGCGACAUAGAGAGUUUCAGGCUAGCCUGAGCUACAGUGUGAGCCUUAGUCACAAACAAAUGCAAAGAGGCAAAUUUAAAACACCUUUGGAAUGAAUUUUUUUCUUUUUAGUCAAUGAAUAAACUUUUCUAAAUAUAGUUAUCUCUAGUUGCCCACUUACUCAUUUCUCAAGUGUGAACGGUUGGCACACUGGGUUUUAGCAGUGUGAGCCUCUACCUUGACUGAUGACUGAGCUGAGAAACUCCCAGCUUCUCUGUUCCUCCCCUUGCUCAUCCUUGUCUGCAGGUGGUUUUUACUGCUUUCUCGUGUGCACUGCCUGUUUUAAUCCCUCAGUCUGUUGUGUCAUAUCUGUGGUUAUGGGACUCUUAUUUGUGUAUUUUUUUUCUUGGUUUUAGAAGGUAAUUGUUAUAGAAAGCUAAAAAUAGAGAAGAAAUAAAAACAAACCUGUAAUAUCUGCUUUUCUCACAUUUCAUUUUUUCCCUAUGACAAUAUACUUUCUUAAACAAUUUUAAAAUCUAAUGAGUUUUGUGACUUUUAUAAAACACAAUAUGCUGAAAUUAAAGAAAUAAAUACUUUAA